AUGGAAGGAGGACCUACGCACAUUCAUGUCUGUAGCACCUGUGGCGCAACAUUUCAGCGGGCUGGGCACUUAUCAAGGCACGAGCUGCGCCAUAUCGGCGAGCGGCCGUUUGGUUGUUCAAUAUGUGACUUGAAGUUUGCGAGGAGAAACCGACAGGAACCCAAGUACUGGGGAAAAGAAGGCAAUAACCCACGAGACCCAAUCCAUGAUACUGAGGACUGCUUUCCUGCUUCCCGCACCUCUGCAUCACAUGCAAAUGACCAGACGAUGCUAGAGUCCUGCGAUCCACCUGAACCAGCGACCUUUCCGUCCUUGAGUACCAACUAUCCCGUCCACCAUAGUCUGUUUACCUUGGCAGAUGCCUCGCUUGAAACGACUCUUCAGCCCAAUCAAUGUAUAGCACAGACAAAUAUGGUCCGACCGGAUGUCUGUGAUGAGCAGCAAUCAAACAUGGAAUUCCGAUGGCAGCGCAAUCACAAUAAUGCAACGACACAGGGCACGCGCCUUUGGGACGACCUUAAUCUGUUUUCUCCAUUGUAUCAGUGUCACCUGCCAAAUCUUUCCAUGGGAUUUUUUCCGAAUCAAAUGGCAAAUUUGAAUUACGAAGAUAGAUGUCUGGGGCAGCCCAUUGAUCAGGAAUUGGAGCUUCAAAAUCACGGUGUACCUCCUUGGUCUACCAAAGGCUCUGCACACACCACACAAAGCAGACCGCCUGUACCGAGUUUCUGUGACGCCAGAUCGAGCCCAGAUCCCCAUGAAGGCCAAGGUUUACUUUUCAACGAUUUCUUGCGAAAGGUAUGGACAGGGCGGUCCCGUCGUCAUGGCUUAGAAGAUUCAAGCUGUCACCUACAAGCCCAUACAGGUGCUCAAAACCAGAGUGAAGGAAAAAGCAUCUACUCUCCACUCAUGGGGGCAUUCUGCUUUCCUAGGCCCGAUUGUGAGGGCGGGUCCUCUGUUUGGGAAGCAGAGGACCUUGGUCAUGUUCAACCAUUACCUAUCGAGACUUACAACAGAAUUUUGGGUACAUUUCGUACGCUCAACAAAGACAACGGCUACCACAUGCCGUUUGCAGCUGGCGAAUUCCCCUCAUUGGCUGCGUGCUCUGCCUUCAUGCAGCUUUACUUUGAGAACUUCAACUUCAUAUUUCCCAUGCUUCACCAGCCAACAUUCGAUCCUAGUCAUAUUCUUCAAGAAUUUCUCCGGAGAGCAAUCAACUUGACAUCAAUUGCUUCAUUGAGAUUGAUCGGACAGAUGUCGUUAGACAGAGAGGAAAUCUCUCAGAAACUUGGAAAGCAUGGGUACAUUCUGAAACUUGUUGAUAGCCAAUACAUGUUAUACUUUGACCUACCUCCCACUAUUCCGACCGAUCUACUUCGGCUCAGAAUGCCCAACGUGGAAAGCCUGUGGCAUGCUCCGACGGCAGAGUCGUGGAAUGACUGCGCCAAUAAGCUCGGUGAACAUAGAAGUCAAGAUAUGCGUGACGAAUUGGAAUAUUUAUACAAGAAUCUGGAGCCCAGACGCGGCCUAGAUGACUUUGCAAUACUCUUGCUUAUGAUGGCGGUCUUUAGGCAAACUGUUCACUACUCCCGUGAUUGCAAUUCUGACCAAGGAUCAAUAUACCACAGUCUUACUUCACCUCGGCAGGCUUUGAAUUAUGCUUCGGAGAGGACGUCAGAGACAUUUCCAGGGGUGAAAUACCUCCAGGCUCUUUGCCCUGAGCGCAGUGAUGCUCAAAGGUCAUCUUAUUUGAGAUCUGUCGUCAUACACCAUUACCAUUGCAUGCGAAUCCUCUUGCUUGUGCCAUUGCGUGAGCUAUUCUGCUACUGUGGCUAUCGGGUCACCAGCGUUGAUAUCGUCUAUUCUAAAAGGCGUCUCAGAUCUUGGAUUUCACAGAACGAUACAGAAGCUCGUUUGGUUGCCUUACAUGCUAGCCGGCUGUUUGGAUAUAUCCGCAAUUCGAAUAUGUACGGCUAUUAUGAAGGCCGGGCUCUCAUGAUCGCAUGCCUUGCUCUUUGGAUCUAUAGCGAAAAUUCCGUGCAAGACUCAAAUAACAACAAUCACCUCGAUAUUUCAGGGCAGAAGAAACAGACGCCAGGAAUCCCGAUUCGACUUGAUGGGCAACUAGAUGAGGACAUUAAGGAGGAUUGGCUCCAGGGAAGACCCAAUAUGCGACCUUAUCUGACAGGAGUCGGCAGCCUGUUGGACACGAAAGGCACUUCCAGACUUGUCAACGAAGGGGCCCGGAUUCUGUGCACUUCAACCAUCUGGCCAAUGUGCGAGACGUGUGGGAAAUCAUUGAAGUUGUUUUAUCGGCUCCGAUGUGGCACGGAUCCUUAG